CAUCGAACAAAAGGUUCUCUCAGCAUCUCAUAAGCCUUGGAGAUGCUCAACACCAUUACGGGAAUUCAGUGGACGCCGAGGUCGGUCACGUGACCGUCAGCCCUCGCUUCAGGUGGGAAUCCCAGAGAGCGCGCGAGCUCAUUUCCACAGGAUCACAGGCUGGGACAGGACGGACUUUUCGCUAACCGCGACACACACGCGAUUAAAUAUUCUAAAUGUCCUGUCCGGAAGAGAAAACGGACUGCUCGCGCCAAACCGGUACGAGUCGUCUGCUGGGUGCGGAGUGCGAGGCGUCGGAGGUGAAACGGAGGCGAAAGCAGCGAACCCUAACGCUGUGUGCGGUGUGUAAUAUUCAGCUGAACUCCAGCGCUCAGGCUCAGAUCCACUACAACGGAAAAACUCACCAGCGCCGACUGCGCCAAGCCAGCAGGGCCAAAACCAGCGGCGGAGCCAGAAACAGCACGGGAAGUCCAUCCCAGGGCGGCGCUCUGCUGACAUCACUUCCUGUUCAGCCCCAGAUUGACCUGAAGCACUUUCUGCCUCUGAGAGUAAACAGCACUUCACCCCUCAGCCUCUUCUCCAACUUCAGUGCGAUGGAUCCUGUUCGGAAGGCGGUUAUCAGAGACACUUUAAGCAUCGCACAAUCGCUAAAGAAGAAACAAAUCAUCACAUGCAAUAUCUGUCACCUGCGCUUCAACUCAACAAACCAAGCAGAAGCGCACUACAAAGGGCACAAGCAUGCACGCAAGCUCAAAGCCAUAGACAAGCUGAAGAACAAGCAAAGGAUUCUGGGAAAGUCUGUGUGGAGGGAGAGAAAGAAACCAAUGGAGGGAGAGAUGGAGGACGGCAGUCUGUCGGAGAGGACAGCAUCAAUCUGUUCAUCACAGGCAUCAAACCCAGAAGACGUACGUGUUCAGGGGAUCUCAGUCACGCUAACACACAUUUCACACACUUCUGCCUCACAAAGGCUGUGUGAGAGCAAGCGUAUCCCAGAAUCCCCUGCUCUGGUGGCUCCAGUCGACCCGAAGUGUUCGUGGGACUCUGAGUCCGUAGUAAAGGGAUACAGAAGGAGGAGGAAAUGCAGCAAGAGUCUCCAGUGUCCCGUUUGUAAAGUGACCGUCAACUCGGGCUCGCAGCUUGAGGACCAUUAUAAAGGUUCUAAGCACAGACUGAUGCUGGGGGGUCGCUGUACGUCGUCACGAAAACGGGGCGGGAAAGUGUAUUCGUCCUGUGCCACGCCCCGCCCUAAACGGCCAUCCGUCAACCCCGCCUCCACCGACCAAUCACAUCACUGCACUGUGUGUGAUAUAGACGUCAACUCAGAAGCUCAGCUCCAACAACACAUGAGCAGCAGGAGACACCGAGACCGAGCGACCAUGAAACCACCUACAACAAAUUUCAGCCCGUACAUCAACAACUCGGCUCACUCGGUGCUAACGGUCAAUAAGAGCCGUGUUAUUUUACUAUUUAUUUAUAUUUCUUCAAGUAGGAACUAUGUUUUACAGAGACGUGAAUAUAUUAGUUAUAUUAUUAGUAGUUACUGUGUAAAAGGACUACAGAUUUGUGUUAGUUAUCAUCGUGUGUGUGUUUUCCAAAUUCAGACCAAGCUCACACUCCAGAAGGAACUCUCCAGAACGCUGACCUCCAACUUCCUAACGUCAGCUCUCACCCCCGCCACGCUGUGCGCCAUGGCAACCGGGCCUUUGUCUCUGAGCCACGUUCAUCCGCCAACCGCCAUAGUCCACGCCCCUCUGUUUAACCCCACCCUCUUUAGACCCGCCCUCCGCCCCCUGAGGACGGCUCAUGGUCCGAUCGUCUUCUCUCCUUACUGAAAGAGACGGAACGUUUCGGACGUUUCACAGGAAGCCGCUCAGGAAGAGAACUACACGGCCACGACGAUUACCGGUUACGCUGCCGAUAUUUAAUAUCUACUUCUAAUAUAAAACAUUUCAUGGAAAUGCUCAUCGCUGUUACCGUCAACUCUCUGUAGCAUUUCUACUCACGUCUAAACACAAUAAAUAACAUCACCAUAGAUCCGUCAGGACGUGUUUAGAGGAAUGUAAAGCAAAUAUUUACGUAAAAGUAUUGAUGAAAAUGUACACAAUUAAUGCAAGUCAAACAUGAUUUGAAGAGAAAUUGAGCACAGGAAAGCUAUGAAGGAAAUGCCAACACGUUUUAAAGAAACAGUUAUGUUAAUAUAUGAAAUGAGGACAUGUUCCUUACAGUCAAACUGCAAAAGUAAGGAAGUAUUUGAAACUUGAAAGUAAGAGAAGUUUAAGAUGUAAAUCAGGUUUUACGGAGAAGCGUGUAACGUCGAACGUUUUAAACUGGAAUUAAGGAGGUUUGUGAAGGUCAUGUAAUAAAGAUCGUAAGGAAAUUUAACAAAAGUAUUAGUAAGCACAGAAGUUAAGCAUUUCGUUUAAAACGUGUGGAAAAUUAAAGUCAGUUAUGAAGCAAAAUUU